CAUAAACGUCAAGUUUUUCAUGCUUGUGAGUUGUGACUAUAGCAAUUUUUAAAACAAAGUUUUUCGGAAUUUUUCUAGAAAAAUCAAUUAAACUUGAAUAAAAUAAACGUUACAGGUAUUUCAAUUGCAUUCUGGAGUAUUUAGUCCGCCAUUUAAAUCACUGGAGAUAUGUCAGAACGAAGGAAAAAGAAGAAUAAAAUGGGGGCACAGAGUGAAGAGCCAAGCAAGGAGGAGUUACAAAUGGCCAAACAUGUUCGUUUUAAGACGCCAAAGAAGAACACAAUUAUGCAAAAGCAAAAAGUGGAUUAUUUUGUUGGUUCCAAGGCAGUGGACACGCUAAUGAAUUCAAAGUGGGCAAAAUCUUCAAAAAAGGGGGAUGCUAUUAUAUCCAGCAGAGAAGAAGCGAUUAUUUUUAUGGAGAAGUUGCUUUGCAGUAAUCUAUUUUAUCGAGUUGAAAAAAUCUUGAAAGAAACAAAAGCCGAUAAGGAAAAGAAAAAUCUUAAAUCAAAAGAGAAUGAAGAGGAUUCAAAGGUGAAAAAAAGAAAAAAGGACAAGAAAGUGGAAGAGAAUGAGAAAAAGGAGACCGAUGAAAAGAAGAAGAAAAGAAAAUAUAAACUUCAAGCUCAUGAAGAGCAAGUGUUUUAUGAUUCUUCUGAUAUCUAUGUUUGGCUGUACGACCCAAUUAGCCCCAAAACAUGGUUUUUAGGUGGCGUGCUUCUUCUGGGAGUCAUUGCUGCGACGCUCUUUCCUAUUUGGCCACCAAGUGUCAGAGUUGGUGUGUAUUAUCUGACAGUUGUUGGGGGAUUUUUUGUUGGAGGAAUCCUUGGCACUGCACUAUUGCGAACCAUAUUAUUUGGAGUAAUAUACGUUUUCACUUUGGGCACACACCAUUUGUGGGUCCUCCCUAAUUUACUGGAGGAUGUUGGGUUCUAUGAUUCAUUUAAACCCCUGUAUACUUAUGAAUACAAGGGCUCCAAGCAAGAAACUAAAGAAAGUAAUGAGGAUGAAGAAGAAGAGAAAGAGGAUCAGGAUGAAAAGGAUGACAAAGAAGAACCUAAAGAUGAUCCAAUCAAAUCAGAAGAAGAAGAAAAAAUCGCUCGCUCCACCGAUGAAUUUUCGGACGAAUCCGAACCAGAACUUGAGGUUCAAUAUGAAGACAGUGAUUAUGAGAUCAUAGAUGGUAAAGUGCCUGCCAAAGAAGAGUAGAAACCCAAACGCUGCUUGGAAAUUCUCAGACCCAGCUAAUGCCAAAAAACUGCUGCGAUGUAACUGAUGUAAUUAGCUUGCCGCGACCAAAAUACGAAUACUGUGAGUUACACAUUAAACUGGUGCUCAUUAUGACAACCACCACGUGUAACAGAAGAGUUUCAUUUGUAGUAUCGUAUAUUGCCUUCCAUAGGGGACCAUUAAAACCAUGUUGUGUUAAACUGUAUUGUAUAUACGCGUGUAUAUAGAGUAACCUACGGUGAUGUAGGUUGAUAUGUUUGUUUUAGGAAAUGUUUGACAAAGUUUUAUUGUACUGCCGCUAAUAAAAGAAUAUUUCGGGUA